AUGUCUUUUGGAGCAGCUGGUGGAUCGAUGCCUAUGACAAGCAAGGAACCUCCUGAGAGAGGCAGUUUUCCAUUAGAUCAUUUCGGCGAAUGCACAAUUGUCAUGAAAGAGUAUUUGGAAUGCAUUAAAACGAAUCGAAGUCGACAACAGGAAUGUCGACCGCUUGCCAAAAAGUAUCUCCAAUGUCGCAUGGACGCAGGUCUUUUCGGGCAAGAUGACAUGAGUAAUUUGGGCUUUGAAGACGAGGGAGCAGAAAAAUCAGAUUCAAAGAAAGAAUGA